CCAUUUUUAAUAGUUUGUAUUUUCGAAGCGAUUUAAUAAUAAAGUGUUAUUUAAAAGAAAAUUAAAUAAAAAUUUAAUUCAUAAUCACCAGAAAAAAAAAAUACAUCAAUAGUGGUAAAUAAUACAAUGGAGCCUGAUCAACGAAUCAGGACAAAAAUUACACCACUAAUUAUCUUAGCGUUUGCAGUGCACAUAUUAUUGCUUUUGAGUGUGUUGGAUAUUUAUUUCACUUCUCCACUUGAGCAUGGCAUGAUUCAUCACAGAGCAAAUAUAAGCAAUCCACCUGCAAGAAGAUUAGUUCUACUUCUUGCUGAUGGUUUACGAGCUUCUGCACUAUUCAAUAAGGACAUGCCAACUGCUACACCUUUUCUGUACUCAAUUAAAGAAAAUGAAGGAGCUUGGGGUAUAGCUCAUACCCAAGUUCCAACUGAAUCAAGACCAGGGCAUAUUGCUAUAUUUGCUGGGUUUUAUGAAGAUCCUAGUGCAAUUUUCAAAGGUUGGAGAGAUAAUCCUGUUGAUUUUGAUACAGUAAUAAAUCAAAGUACCAAAUCGGUCUGUUUUGGAAGCCCUGACAUAGUUAAUAUGUUCAAUAAAUAUAAUUAUUCACACAUUACUUCAUAUUAUUAUGAUCCAUUGAUGGAAGACUUUUCUGGAAAAUGGAAGUCAGUGGUUUUGGACCAAUGGGUUAUGGAACACUCAAAAAAAUAUAUCCAAUCAGGAAGACUUUCUGGUUCACAAGAUGGAGUGAUUGUAUUUCUUCACUUGUUAGGAAUAGAUACUGCAGGCCAUAGCUUCAAACCAGUUUCAAUGGAAUAUAAACUGAACAUCGAAGAAUUAGAUAAAGAAAUUAAUCUAUUUGUAAAAUUCUUUACAAACUACUUCCAUGACAAUGACACUGCCUUUAUAUUUACAUCAGACCAUGGAAUGACUGACUGGGGUUCCCAUGGUGCUGGUUCAAAGGAUGAGACUGAAGUUCCAUUUAUUGCUUGGGGAUCAGGGAUUCCUAAAACAGCUGAACGUCACGAUUUAAAUUUAACUGACAUAGCACCUUUGAUAUCAGCUUUAUUGGGGAUUAAUUUUCCUACUAAUUCAUUGGGGAUUACUCCACUGCAUUUUUUGAAUGCUCCUAUAAAAGAUACUGCUCAAAUAGUAUAUGCUAACGCCUUGCAACUGUAUGAAUUAUUUAUGGCUAAAGAGAAAAAAAUAAAAAAGAAUCCAAUUGUUGUUUUCAAACCUUUCUAUAAACUGCCUAAAGAAAAGUUAAUUGGCUGGAAAUCUUACAUGGAAGAUCUCUUUCAAAUGGAAAAUUACCAGGAAGUUAUAAAGUUUACAGAGAAUGUUAUUAAUAAUCUUGUGGAGGGCAUCAAAUAUUAUAACAGUUAUUUCCAAAUAUACCUAUCCUUAUUGUCCACAUUAGCAUUUAUUGGAUGGCUUCUAUAUUUAAUAUCUUGGCUGCCGAUUUUCUCCAAUGUUUAUAGUAGCAUUGGCACUGGCGAUUGGAAUUAUCAUAAUAUUAAAGAGAAACCUCUUUCUGUUGUAUUUCUUUUUCUUAACGUCAUCGGCUUCGUAAUUUCCCGAGCUAUGGGUUUCAUAUAUUAUUACACAUUGUAUGUUUUGUUUCCUAUGGCAAGCUGGUAUUUAGUUUACCUUAGAUCUAAUUAUAUGAGACUUCUCUAUAACUGGUUAAUGCAAUUCAAAGUGCGCACAUUACUAUCAUUUGCUAUUACUUACGGAAUAGGUACAGAAAUGUUGGUAAGUUGUUUCCUUUUUAAUAAAACAAAAAGUAGAUGCGGUAUAUAG